UACGCCGUGUCUCUCGCCGCCAUCCCUCGCCGCGGCUCCUCAACUGCAGGAGUAUGUUUUGCAAGACGUGACUGCGGGAGAGCAUGUCGGAGACGGAGCAUUCGGUGUACGUUACCAAACUGUACUACACGGAACGCUGGUAGCCUGGGAAGACGCUGCAUAAUUAUUCUGCUGCACUGCUCAUGAAGGAAACCUGAGGGAGAAAUUCGUGCACGAAUGUCGGCUGUUGAAGGACCUCCGUCACCCACAUAUCGUGCAGUUCUCGGUAUCUGUUUCCUUGAGCACUCGAUGCAGUUCUAGUAAUGGAAUUCCUCCCUUAUAAUCUUCACGACAUGCUUGUAGAGAACCCGCGGAUCCCCAUGUCCAUGAAAAUGUCAGUCCUGAACGAACGUCGCAUGUGGUCUCGCGUACACUGCACAGCCAGACUCCCCCGUCGUCCACCCGAGACCUCUCAGCAAGAAAUGUCUCCUCAACUCUGCGCUCGUAGCCAAGAUAGCCGAUUUCGGAGUGGCUCGUAUUAUUGACCCACAGCAUCUGUCGCGCAACUUAACAUCUAUUCCAGGGGCUGGGGUGUACAUGCCACCCGAGUCAGCUUACUCUGAAUACUCUAUCUCCUACUCCAGCAAACUGGACAUCUUUUCUUUGGGGUUCUCCUGCUGUUUGUAGUGACACAAAAGUUUCCCAAAGAUCCCCUUCCAGCAACUUAUAUGGAUGCCAAUGAGUUGAAGCCAAGAAAUGAGCUUCAGAGGAGAAUGCCAUACAUCAGUCGUGCAGAGCAGGUGUUGGGAGAUGUUGACCACCCUCUGUUGGCAAUCGUGAGACAGUGUCUUAGUAAUGCGGCCGAACGCAGACCCACUGCCCUGGGUAUCCUGGAGAGGGUGAGCCAGCUGCGGGCAGAGGUAGAGGAUGACUUCAUGGAGAGAGGCAAACUUCAGAUGAUUGUUGAGUUGCAGAGACUGGCAAUAGAGUGUGAGGAACUGCAGGGAAUCCUGUAUGAGGAUGAGCUGGGCAUGCUGGUGGCUGAGAAGGAGAGGCAGAUUGGACAGCAGGAGGAAGAGCUUCGUAGACUCAACCAGGAGCUGGCCACCACUCAGAGAGAGCUUCACUCGGUCCAGUCCACCGUGACUCACAGAGAGAGGGAGAAAGCUUUUCUGAAGGAACAGUUGAGCAGAGUUCAGGCUGAGUUUCUCUGGAAAGAGACUGAGCUAACAGGUCUCAGGGAUAUGUUGGGGAUACAGGAGAGGGAAGAAUGUGAGGCGAUUGAGCACCAGUCUUGUCAAGAACAGCAGGAAAAGCCAGAAUCACUGGAGCUACAGCUAAAAUCCAGUGAGAAGGAGAGGCAGAUGCUUGUUCUACAGUUGAGAGUAGCAAAGGAGGCCAUGAGGAGACAGCAGCAGCAUAUUCAAGAACUGGGACAGAGAGAGGCUGAGCUGCUAGAGGCUAAGGACAGGGAGCUCACUUUAAUUCAGCAGCGACUGUUGACACAGAUAAGUGAGAAAGAACAAUGUCUAAAAGAUAAGGAUUCCCAGUUAGUGCUAAGGCAACAGAAGCUUGAGCAGCUGAAUCUAAAGAUUGCUGCAAAAGAUGAGUUGGUGUCUGACAUGCACCAUCACAUAGCACAGCUCACAGAGGAACUGCAAAAUAAAGCAGAAGAGGAGAGGGUAAAAGACCAUGAAGAGCAAACUUGUGCCGGUGAAGAUAACCCAGAACCUGUUUUUAGCAAUACACCACACGAAGGAAAUGAGGUGAACCUACACACAGCUAGGCUAAAAGACGUGCUGUUUGUUUCGCAGGUGUUGUUUACUCUUCAGAGUGAAUGUUUACUUUUCGUUUUUCAUGUUUACAUUUUGUUUUGCUAUCCAUUACUGUUUACCAGCAUUGUUAGCUAUGGCUACCUACCUUCCCAUAUGUGUUUACGGAAAACCACCAAGAUAGUCCAAUUGAGAAUCCAGCACCCGAUUACCAGAAGAAGGUACCAGUACCCAAACCAAGAAAUUUGAAGAAACCUUCUUUGCUGGCACAAAAGAAAAAGGCCUCUCUCCUGGAAAUUGACAAGACAGACCUUGAAUUUGGUGACCUACUGGGGGAAGGAGGAGGUGGUUCUGUUUUCCGUGGGACUUGGAUGUCAAAAGGUUUACCUGUUGCACUUAAGAGGGUGCGGCUUUCUCCUGACCAUUGCGAUGCAAAAAUUUUAGCCGAGUUGGGCGAACACCCAAAUAUCGUAUCAUUUUUCGGUUACUUUCAUGAGCAUCCAGAUACCACUAUUGUCACUGCUCUAGCUAAAAACGGGUCACUGUACAAUUACCUGUACAAGGAUUUCCAUGUUCCGACAUAUCAAAAGAGUCUGAGAUGGGCGAAACAGAUUGCCUAUGGCAUGGCUCACCUUCACAAGCUUGGAAUCGCCCACCGCGAUUUGAAAUCGAGCAACAUCCUAUUUACCGACGACAUGGAAGUGCAGAUUUGCGACUUUGGAGUGUCGCGAUCCAUGCCAAACACAACCGAGAAAUCCAAAACGGCAGGCACAUGGCGCUGGAUGGCCCCCGAGAUUGUCAGCGGAAAAAAGAUCAAUAUGAUGUGCGAUGUUUUCUCUUUUUCCAUGGUGGUUUGGGAACUGAUGGAACACAAAGUACCUUUCCACAGAGAGGCGGAUCUCGUGGCAUCGAUGCGCAUUCUCAAGGGGGAACGCCCGCAGUUCACAAACAACUGGCCUGAAUAUCUUGCAAAGCUUGUCAAGGUCGGCUGGUCAGAAAAUCCAUACUAUCGCCCCACGUUUGCUGAUAUCAUCACCAGCCUUGAACACCAGAUUUACUUUAGACAUUAACGACAAACAACUAUUAUUAUAAUAUACUUCCAACUCAUGUUCAUGUGUUAAUACUGUAUCUGCUGUUGAACUAUUAUUAUACCCUAUAGCAGGAGACAGUCGAGAGAAUUAGAUUCACAAUUUGUUUAAUGUG